CCUUUCUUCCCUUUAAAUGUUUCCAUAUAUCUCCCUCUUUUCUCCUUCAAAUUCAUGAUGCCUGUUUUUACAUGGCUACUGUAUGCAUAAAUAUAUGCACGUUUAUAUUCCUUAUACAUAUUAUAUUCUAUAUAAUAUUACUUGUACACUGGACAACCAGCUGGUGUCUUUUUCCCUGAGGAAGACCACCUCUCCUACUCUCAGCUCUCUUCAGUUGUCUCUGCUUUUUCUGUAGUGAAUGAGGAAAAGCCCAUUAAGACCUAAACCCUACACACAUAAUUUAAGAAUUUAGUUUUUAAUUUUAUGUAUAUGAAUAUUUUGCCUGUCUGAAUGUAUCUGCAGCAUGUGUGUGCCUGGUGCCUGUGGAGGGCUGAAGAGGGCUUCAGAUCUUGGAACUGGAGUUACUGAUAUUUGGGAGCGCCCAGGUAGGUCCUGGGACCCAAACCCAGGUCCUGUGCAAGGACAUGGCUGCUCCUUGGAAUGGUGGAGGAGGAAGUUUAUUGUGGCUAAAAGGGAGAGCAUAGCCAGAGGCAGGCACAUCUGGGAGAGUCCAGAAUGGACUUGACUAACUGACCUGCAUCAUGUAGGGAGAGGUGGGAGGAGGGGAGGAAGCCCAAUGCAGCAGCCAGAAGGCCAAAGGUACAAAAGGGGAUGGUAACCAAAAUGUCUGAGUUAUAUUAAGGAAGAGCCUCUUGGGGAAGGGCAGUCCAGCCCAGGCCCUGGCCUAGAGAGUUGGGGUAGAGGCCAGCCAUACCCUGAAACUGGUAGGGACUGAGGGAUACUGGGAGAACCUGAUGGCUAGGUCUGUAUUGAUGUGUUAAAUCAAUUCAGCCUUUUGUACUGGGUUUAAAAGUUAACAGGCAGUGUUUCUCUGUUCUGGACCUCCUUUAGGCUGGCCUCCAACUCAGAGAUCCACUUGUCUCUUCUUCCUGAGUGCUGGUAUUAAAGGAUCUCCUGAGACAAUCCAGCAAAGGACCUGUAUGUGCAGACCUCCCUGGAGAUCCACAAAAGAACAGAGGAAAUGUACAUAAUACAACUGGAACUCUGCCAGAACCCACAGAAGAUAGACAAGGGAACUGUACUGUUUCCAAAAUGAGCAAAGGGAAGGAAGAGUCAUGUGACUUACACCCUGUCUGUAAAGAGGAUGACAAUCACCAGCAGGGUCUCAGCCACUGUAAGGAAAAGCACAGCUCUGCACACGAUAGUUCUGUCGCUACAGGAAGCAUGGGUACUAGAAAACCCUUGGAAGAAAAUUCUAAAAUUUUAUAUCUCACACCAUAUUUGUCUGGUCCAAAAUCCUUAGAAAAAUGUGGUUUUGAAAGCAGUGGAUUGUUAAAGGCAUCUGCUGAAAAAACGCACAGGGUUGAUCAAAGCAAGGACUUCACGUGUGGAGAAGAAAGGACUGUGGAAUCCAGUAACCACAGCAACUGUCACACUCAAGCUGGUUGUCCCUGGACGGACAGCUGUAGUUCUAUGCUUAAUUCUUCUACUGAAGCCACAGAAAUUAUGUUUAAUAAAAAUGAUGUGAAAAUUACUUUAAACUUUCAUGGUAAUUUGAUAAACUCUGAGGACCAUAGAAAAACUGUUGUUGAUGUGACCCAUCCUGAGAAACACUCUGAAGAAAGCAGCUUUUCCUUAUUGGUGCAUAUCGAAGAGCCUGAGCAAACACCUGUAAAGUCCAGUGCAUUAACUGGGAAGAUUUACAGUAAAGAUGCUAAAUCUGUAGUCAGCAUCCAGAGAAAUCUGGGUGACUCUCUGCCAAAUAAAGCAUUAUGCCGCGAUUUUCAGUCUGAAAGCCAGCCUCUUCAGAGUUUGAUGUCAGAAGAUCCAGUAACUUCUGAACGUAAUGAAAUAUUAAAACCCAAGAAAGGUACUGCAAAAUUACCAUCAUCUCCAGAAAAACCUGUUGAGUCCUCACGAGACAGCAUCUCACAUUUCGAUGAACCCAUCAGCACCUGUGAGAUGAGUGAACACUCUCCUAACGGAGCUCUGGUUGCACACAAAAUAGAACAUGAAUGUGUUUCACAUCAACAAGUGUCCCUUAGUUCUCAAGACCAUGUGACAAUUGACUCUCUACUAAAUAUAAACAGAGAAAUGCCUUCAGCAACAUGCAAAAAUAUUCAAGAGAGCCAUCAUUCUCUGGAGAAUGGAGUAAAUAUUACCCCUGAUACUCAAACCAUUCCUGCUGAGACAAAAAUGGAAGCCAUGUCUCCACAAGGUGACAAAGCCUGUGGUGCCUCUUCAUAUAUACAAACCUUAAACAUCAAAACAAGCAGCUCAGAAGGGCAAAAAGAAAUGACUGGUAUACAUUCCAUGUUACUCUCAAGUGUGAGAGGAGCAGCUGGCCCUUCCUUUGUCACAGAAUGUCAAAAUGUACAGUCUCAAGAUAUCUUCAGCUGUCACUGCAUAACACAAGAAGUAUCUGAAAAGAACAUGUGUUCUGCUUGUGCUGCCUACGAACCUAGAAAAGAUAUUCUGAAAGUUAACAACUGUAAAAUAAAGUGUGUAAAUGCUUCUCAAUAUGGUAAUCACUGCUUCCAAAGACCAGAAGAUUUUGUAGAAAAGAGCACCCUCUUGGAGAGUGAACCUGUUGGGAGAGAGGUGCACGGCAGCAUCCUAGGAGGCCCAGUCAGAAGUUCAAUGACAGUAGCUGUGUCACAUAGUGCUUCUCUGAACACAGUUACUCACAUGGAAUCCAGUGAUGAAGGGCUGGUUGAAAAGAAACAAGAUCAACACAAAGACGCUGAGAUUUAUAAACACAGCAUCUCUGCUUAUGACACACAAGAACUAAAACAAUCUGCAAACAUUCCAAGUCCUGAAACAUUAGUGGACCAGUCUCUGAGUGUUAUUUCAUCUCAUUUUAAAACCAUGUACCAAGCAGCUGAAAGUCAUCACCAGAAAGCAGAUGAAGUCUUUGACUGUCAGAAUAACCAAAAUAGCCUAGACAAAUGCAGAUGUGAAGGUAAGCCAGCCAGGGAAGGACUAAAUGGUGACUACCGAGAGACCAUCCCUAAGGUAAGCCACAAGCAAAAGGAUCUGAUAGUCAGUUCAGGCAGUAAAGUCCCUCUGUCCUGUGGUAGUUUAAAGAUAAAAGAUCCCAAAAGAGCCUUUGAAAAUAUUCCUGGUUCUGAAGAGUUCACACACAGUAUGCUAAAUGUCAUAUGUCCAGACUGCACAGAUGAGCCUAUAGAGGGAAUGCUGGGUGCGGAAGCAUCUAGUCUAUCUGGUCAUUGUACAAAGCAAGAUACACUGGCAUACCAUGAGCCUUUAAGAAGUACCUCAUCUCUUCGAGGAGAACUGAAUGUUGUAUUUAAAGGUACCCCUGACUGGCACUCAGCACUCCCAAAUGCUGCUGCUGCUGCUUCAGUAGAUUCUCCUGAAAUGCAAAGAUCACGUGAAGAAAAAGUGUGCAGAUCUCUAAAAGACUAUGAAAUGCAAGAAUGUCCAGACUCCGCCAUUGAUCAUAAAGUAAAAUCUGUUGCAGAUCAUGAACCAAAUGUAAGAGCACUGGAUAGAGGAGGUAGAUCUUUAAAUUACAUUCAUUGUGAGCGUCAAGGUAAGGGAGGAUCCAUUGUAGAAGGACUGAGACUAGAAGCAGAUUCUGAGUUUGGCAAGAAGAAAACCUUUGGAUUAUCCUUAAAAGACUCAAUGUCUCCUGGGUGCCAAGACUCUCUCAAGAUGGUGCAUUCUCGUCUGUCUCCUUGGGAACAGUCACCAGCUGAUGGUCAUGAUGAAAUGCCUAACUCAAAAUAUCACUGUAAACCCAAAGAUGAUGAGAUGCUUUGUGAAAAUGGCAAGGAUUGCACAGACCUGUCUGACAUGAAGGGAGGAAUACCAAUGGGUUUAAGUAACGCUAGUGAAGGAGGUAGCACAUACAUCAGUGUGGACAAAAAUGUUUGCAAAACUUGUCACUCUCAUGAGAAUUCCAUUGCUAAACAUUUGCCUAUGGCAAUGGAAACAGCAAUUAAAAUGAAUAAAGAAGCUGAAGAACAUCAGAACGGACUACUGGGUCACAUACCUGUUGGGAAAGCAUCUGAGGAGACUAUCACCAGAGAAGGUCAUGAUGGUAAUUCUCAGACCCACUUGAAAUGCCAGAGAGUGCAAAAUGUUCCUGAAGCCCCACAAAACCAGGGAACUGUGGACUCUGCCUUGCCAAAGGAAGAACGUACAUAUCAAAAGGGCACACAUGCACUGUUGGAACCACACAUGUCAUCAAACUCGUUGUCAGAUGAGAUGCAAAAUAAGCAACCUGUGGCUGACCAAGAUGAGUCCAUCCUGAUGGGAGGCGUCACCCUAAGAAAGCUAUCCAAGAACAAAAUUGCUAGACAGCUUCAGAGGUUGAAAUACCCAGAAGAAGAAAGCUUAAGUCAUUCAUUAAAGAAAGAUAAUGAGUUAUGCACAGGUACUUGCCUUCCUGGUGCCUCCUGGAAAGAACAUGACCCCAGCUUUGCUGGAGGUGACCGAAUACACGGUGCCUUCGUGACUCUGUCAUAUCAGCAAAGACUGCUUCCUGUAAAGAAGCAGCCUCAUCGAACGUGUAAGAGAAUUUCCUGUCAGGAGCCAGUUACUGUGCGGAGAAAAAUAAGUAAAGUGAGAAAUUCUGGUUGUGAAAAGAGUUUCUCCAACCCAAUCCCCACAAAAGCACACAGACUUCUCAGUCCAUGUACCGUGCCUGUCAAGCCAUUGGAACCCGAAACCGUAGCUAGCGAGAGCUUGCGGAGCCACAUACCAAAGCCGAAGGCUACUCUGUGCCAUUCCUUGAGGAGCCUGAGUUGUAGGAAGCCUACCAAAGAAUCAGCCUUACUAAACAAGCUGUCUGUCCUUGCCUCCAGACUGACUCUGGCAACAAAGCCCCAGAAACUCAGAUAUCGGCGUUAUCCCUCUUCCCUUGUUCCAUUGGCUAAAAACUACAAGCGCCUCAGAUAUAAAAAGCUCCUAGAUGGAUUUUCACAUAAUGCAAUGCAGCUGGACCCAUAUUUGGCAGCUACUGGGUGGAAUAGGGGGUCUAAUAAUAGGCCCUUGGCACUUUAUUCUCUUGAAGCUGUUAAAAUGAGCUUCAUAGAUUUGAGCAACAAGAUGCCGUCACUGCUGUUUGGUACUGAAAGCGUCCCAUUUUCCUUUCAUGUGAAGUCAGCAUCCAGUUGCAUGGCUGAGUCCUCCAGGACUUUUCCUGAGCACUGUGCUCCAUCGAGGCUUGCCUUAACAGAGGCCUCCCAGUGCUCAGCUCCAUCUCCCAAGUGGACCUUCUCUUUUUUCUUGUCCCACGGUUGCCCUGGGAUGGCCACAUUCAGGGAAGACACUGGCCUCAGUAGUCAGGCACACACUCAGGCUCCUCUCCAAGAUUAUGGAGGCACUGCCAUAGUUCAGACCAGGGCAGACUGCUCUGGCCUUGGCCUUCACACACUUCUAGCACUUUGUUCACCCGGAUGUUACCGAAUCUGGACAAAAAGACGGAACUUCUCCAGUCAUAUGCCUAUCAUGCAGAGGCUCUUCUUGACCCAGUUUACACAGGGCCUAAAAGGGUUAAGGUCUCCAGCCUCUAUAGCAGAUAAGGCCUUCUGUUCUCUGCCCUACUCGGUGGGCCGAGUGUUGUCCAUUUGGAGCCAGCACGGACCCUCUUGUACCUUCAAAUUGCCAGCUCUUCAUUCCACUCAUAGCAAGCAGCAGGGGAGCCUGUGCACCCCGAGCAGUCACGCCACCAUACCAAAUGUGCCUCUUCCAGGCAUGGAAGCUGUCCACAGCACCAACAGCAGUCAGCUGAGGCUCGAGCCUGUGUUUCCUGCCUUGGUGCCAAAGUCUUGCUUGGUAACUGACCCCGCUGUCAGCACGCUCCUGCUCUCAGCCUCUGAGCUGCCAGUUCCUGGGUUUGAUGAGCUGGAUGGUGUGUCAGCAGUUUGCCCCCGACCACAGAGCAGCCCUGCACAGCAGAAAGAGGCCGAGCCAGAGAAGAGACCAAAGAAAGUCUCACAGAUCCGCAUCCGGAAGACCAUUCCUAAACCAGAUCCCAACCUUACCCCAAUGGGCCUCCCUCGGCCCCAAAGGUUAAAGAAGAAGGAGUUUAGUUUAGAGGAAAUCUAUACAAACAAGAAUUACAAGUCUCCUCCUGCGAGCAGGUGUUUGGAGACCAUCUUUGAGGAGCCCAGAGAACGAAAUGGUACCCUGGUCUCUAUCAGCCAGCAGAAAAGGAAGCGCGUUCUGGAAUUCCAGGAUUUUACGGUCCCUCGUAAGAGACGAGCUCGAGGUAAGGUGAAGCUGGCUGGCAGCUUCACCAGGGCCCAGAAGGCGGCUCUGCAGACUCGAGAGCUGGAUGCUCUUCUGAUUCAGAAGCUGAUGGAACUGGAGACUUUCUUUGCCAAGGAAGAGGAGCAGGAGCAUCAGCCAGCUGCUGAGAACAGUUCGGGGUCUCCAUUUUGAACUUUUGCAGACCUCCCUGGAAGAGGUUUCCUGAUUUUAGCCCUGUGCCCAAACCACUCACGAUGCCCAGCCCAUGAAUUUUUACUUAUUUCAAGGUGCAGCCUUUUUAGAAGCUGGUGAAGAAGGGCCCUCUAAUUCUACUGCUGAGUAUAGAGCCUCAGGAAUGCUCCCUUUCUCCUGGGAAUGGUCCUCCUUCCCAUCUCCCAUCACAGGUGGAAAAGCCACACAUCUCAAGCAACACUAGGAAUCUAAGGACUCUUAGAUUCUGUGCGUCCAUAUGAAAGUUCCUCUCUGUUUAUGGUGCUGCUUGCCCAAGAUGACUUAGAAACCUGGCCUGGGGGAGGACCUGGCUACCUGGCCUGUGUGUUCUCACCAGCUUGUUUUGGUGAUUGAGAAAAAUGAACUGGUGUGUUUCCUAACUUUGAUUCUGUCUGCCCAGGACCUUUAUUAUGAGAGAAUGUGUGUUUGUGUGUGUUUGUGGCUUUCCCCAUCUUUUCUCCCAUCUGUGACUGCGGGUCACUAGUGCCAGAGGAGCCCGUCCAGGCCCCAACGUAAGUUGCACUUUUUAAUGUUGUGGUAUUGAUUAUUUUCAUUUUUUUCUUUUUUGUUUUUAUAUUAUUGCUGCAUGUUUGGGGUCUCUAAAUGUGAUUUUAAACCAUUUUGUAAGACAUUAAGGAGAAAGACAAUACAUGUCUUAGAAGAAUAUGUGACAGGCAUUGAUCAGCACAUGGAGGGGCAGUGUUCCCGUCAUGUGUUUCAGGCAGCACCCCCCCCCCCCAGCUUUUCAUGUAGCUCACCAGAGGAGGCACUUUUUCACCCCCUUCCCAGUCCUGCCCACUGAACACACAUUUGUUUAGUGACAUACGUAAAAGCCCUCUCAUAACCACUUAAAAACUGUUACGGUGGAGUAUGGGUUCCUUUGAAAUGUUGGUGUAUGAUGAAGUUAGGAGCAGUGGUGUGAGAGGCUGGCCAAGAGCAUUUUCAGCUGCUUGAGUGCCUGGUUCUGCAAAAUGCCAGAGCCAGCGCUCUCUGAGAGUGCCUCAUGUACUUUGGUCCUUUGUCAACCCUAUUGGAAAUGUUUGCAUGCUAGAAGGAGCACAGAUUCUAGGUUUGUGCCCCGAGGAGUCUGAGCAGCAGGCCCUCAGAGCUCACCUUCCCAUGUGUCCUUCCCAUGCUUCCUCCUCUCCUCGUGUUUUCUUGUCCCAGUGUCUUUCCCAUGCAUUCUUCACACCUGCUGCUCAGAGUUUAGAGAGUCUGACCUGCUUGGCUGAUGGGUAAGAUGCUCAAGGUAGCUGCUGAACAAUGGCCAUUUCUUCCCACGUUCCUAGCUUGGUCCAGCGACAUUUCCUUGUUGGUCUGUAGAGAAGAGUGAGCAGUGCUGUCCUGGAAUGUUGGCCAGUGCUCCUAGGAUUCUUUCAUUCCCCGUUUGUCAGUGGCUAGGGAGAAGGGGUACCCGUUUGGGGUCUUUAUGUGCCUUUCCUUUGCGGGUUGGUAGUCUGGGCCACCCAGAAACAGUAAACAGGACAUGAGCAGGGGAAGACGUACCAUGUCCUUCACCUCCUCAGCUGUUUAAAUAAGUUAACACACAUCUGCUGGUCUGUGGAGACUUGAAGGUCCUGGCUCCAUACAGAAGGGAGCAGUCUGGGUUUUGUGCUGGUCCUCAGCAGUGUAUGCAGAUCCUGUGUUAGACAUGUUGCCCAAACCAUACAAAUGUGACCUGUGUUCACCUGGAUAUCUCUCCCUUGUUGGGGCAGGGUUUUUAGUUACUCAGUGCUUCUGAACUCUGUUGUUACUACAGAGAAUGGAAUGAGUUACACAUUGUGCCCUUCUACAAGUACAUCUAAGACAUUGUACAUUAGACAGUUUGCAAGCUAGUGGGCAGUAAACAGCCCUUCAUCAGUUUUACCACCUUGGUCACUGGGACAUCCAGAUUACUCAGAAGACAAAAGGUGAGGUGUGCACAGCUGGAGUACCACCAGCAUACAGACCUUCAGAAUCUGUCCAUGACCAGUGUGACACAUAAAAGGCUGGAAGCAUUGGUCUGGACUAUUAGCAUCUUGAGACCCAAGUCCAUCUUUGUCCUGGAAGUGCAGAAGGAAAACUGACAGCUUGGCCUGCCCUCUGGGAAAGGCCUAUCUGCUUCAGAACUAAGGGACGUAUGUUUCACAGUGGUCAGCCACCUCAGGGACACUUUAGUGUCCUCGGAACCAUGAUCUCUGACCAUUAGUGGAGGUAGUGGCUGCUGGCAUGUCAUCUGCCAAAACUAUAAUGGCUCUGUAAUGGGAAUUGGUAGAAUUUCUGCAGAUGGGGACUUCCCACCGAAGUGAUGAGAAUCUGCCAUUAAGCACAAUGUACUUAGCUAUAGCUCACCUCCAGAAGUUUAGUGUUUUAAUGAUUAUGGAGAAAGAAGAGAGAUCUCAGGUCCAGCCAGAUUUCAGUCUCUCCCUAGAGCAGCCUCCUCCCUCACUAGUGCCUGUCUUCCCCCUGCUGUCCCACCCCACCUCUCUCUCCAUCCAUCUAGAUGUACCUCAUCACCUGUUAAAGCAGAUUGUGUCUGUCUUCCUGCUGCCCUUACUGUAAGAGCUGACUGAGACGGGGGUGCAGUGGGAAGAGAUGUAGCUUUUGCCUUACUCGAGCCUGAAGAGCUCAGAAACUCAUGCUGUGAAUCCUAAACUUUGUGCUCCUCCAAGAGCUGUGAAAAUCAUGACUUUUUUUUUUUUCCCACAACUUUGCCUGACAGGGUCUUUUGUGAGGGUUCCAGAUCCAACCUGAGGUCAAUUCUAGAUCCCACCCUCUGGGCAUCUUUCCCCUGGGUGUCUCCUCUGCCCACCAGGCUAAGAGCAGCAGCAAGUCUGCAGGCUGUGGCAGCAGGUUCCGGGGCUGCAGUGCAGCCAAGUGGACACAGCCUUCUAUCUCCCCAGGCUGGGGCUCCGUCUCCUCUGUACCAUGUGCAUUAAGAUCUGUGCAAGACCAACUUUUAGGUCGUGCUACUUUCCUCCUGGUACUUGGGGGGAGGGGAGUAUGCAGUUGGUGCUUUCUUUAAUAUCCUUGGUUUGUUUCUAUAGCUUUUCCCCUGGUAUCAUGAAAAGGGCCUUUUUAAUGACCACAUUGUGCAUGGCUGUAUCCAAAGCAUUAAUUGGCCAGAGGUAUGGAAUGUCCUCACCUGAAUUCCUGUCAGGAGAGUUCUACUUUCCUGAAUUGAACUUCUAUAUAGAACUGGCUAGGAAGGAGAGUUAAAUUUCGUUCAAAUCACAAUGAAUUAAUAUUCCAAUUUAGCCGCACUUUGACCACCAAAAGCUAUCUUGGUUGUGAAGCUGGGGUCCUCAUUUAGCUGCCAUCCAGCCCAGCAUGCUAAAAUCUGAGGCUUGUUCUGUCUUUAUAAGACUGUCUGGUGUUGGUUGGAUUUUUAAUUCUCAGCAAGAGGCCCCCUUGAGCUAGGAUCUGGGCCAGUAAGUUGCUGUCCCAAGUGCUCCUGUAUUAUCAUGGCUAAUUGUUCAGUGAAGUGUGUCCAUCUUUGGUAAUGCUAGUAUACAUGAUACCCUACAGUUCCUUUUCUGUUUGAUAGUUUGUGACUCUAAAUGCCCACUGUUACAUUAAUUAAUUUAUGGAAAUAAAUUUUUCUUGAAAACCA